CUUAUGCUGUGAUUGGGAGACAAUCGGACGAGGGCAAAGAGUAUGUUUUCAACGAUUUCAAUGUAAUAAUCUGGUUGGUUCCCCUGUCAAUUGUUUAAUCCAAGGGGGAUACCAAAACGGUGGAAGUGGUGUUAAUAACGAUCUCAUAAAUAGAAUUGCAAGUUACGGAAAUCUCACAGAUGCAUGUCAGGCAGUGAAUAAUAGGCAACUGAAUGGUUGGAAUCUAACCCUUGAUGACUGCACCAAUUAUCGUAAAUGUUAA